UUCCGGCCGCGCCGCGGGCGCUGACUGGCUGCGGUGCGUGCCCGGCUGCGGUGCGUGCCCGCCGGGUCCGGGGCCGUCACCGCGCCGACAUGGCAGCCGGCAGCGCCGACAAGUUCUCGGUGCUGCUGCCCACCUACAACGAGCGAGAGAACCUGCCCCUCGUCGUGUGGCUUUUAGCGCGCACCUUCCAGGAGAGUGGAAACAAUUUUGAAAUUAUCAUCAUAGAUGAUGGAAGCCCGGAUGGGACACAGGAAAUUGCUGAACAAUUGGAAAAGAUCUAUGGAUCAGAUAAAAUACUUCUAAGACCCAGACCAAGAAAGUUGGGCCUUGGCACUGCUUACAUUCAUGGAAUGAAGCAUGCCACUGGCAAUUUUAUUGUUAUUAUGGAUGCUGACCUCUCUCACCAUCCAAAAUUUAUUCCAGAGUUUAUCAGAAAGCAGAAAGAAGGCAAUUUUGAUAUUGUAUCUGGAACAAGAUAUAAAGGAAAUGGAGGAGUAUAUGGCUGGGAUUUGAAAAGAAAAUUGAUCAGUCGUGGUGCCAAUUUUCUAACUCAGGUUUUGCUGAGACCAGGUGCAUCAGACUUAACAGGGAGUUUCAGGUUAUACAGAAAAGAAGUCUUACAGAAACUAAUGGACAAAUGUGUUUCUAAAGGAUACGUCUUCCAGAUGGAGAUGAUUGUUCGGGCUAGGCAGUUAGGCUUUACUAUUGGAGAGGUUCCUAUUUCAUUUGUGGACCGUGUCUAUGGAGAAUCUAAACUAGGAGGCAAUGAAAUAGUCUCCUUCUUAAAGGGACUCUUGACCUUGUUUGCUACAACAUGAUACUCUAUCUUACAGUAUGUUUUUUUAGAGAAGAUUUUCUGAUAUCAAUGUGGUUUUUACUAUACAACAGCAGAAACUUGAGAAUUUGUAUAGUAGAUUUGUAUAAACUAACAAUUAAACCAGCAUAAUAAACUAUGUUGUAUCCAAAAAUUCUCCUUUCAAUGGAUGGGAUGUUAAAUUAAAACCUAAUAAAGACUAAUGCUUGGUCCUAUUUUUGUAAAAAAUAAUGAAGUCUUAAUAAAGAACACAAAGCUAAA